GAUCGAUCACUGACCACGCACCGCACCGGCGGCGGGAUCCUGAUCCGCCUCUGCUCGCUGUGCUCGGCCGGCUCACCGCCGGGAGUGUCACCUGCGCAUUUCUUUCAGAGUCGGUCGGCUUGCAAAGCAAAGAGACGAUGGCGCCGACGACGACGCUCAUCGUCACCGUGAACCUGGAAUGCUGCCGCUGCAGCAGCAAGAUCCAGAAGAUCCUCUGCGGCAUUCAGCAAGAAGGAGAGUUCACCAUCGAGAAGAUCGUGUACGAGAAGGACAAGGUGUUGGUCACAGGCCCAUUCGACGCCGACAAGCUGUCCUGCAAGCUGUGGUGCAAGGCGGGAAGGAUCAUCAAGGACAUCCAGGUCGCCAAACCAAAAGACGAAAAGCCUAAAAACCCUUCAUGCAAGCUGGUAUACCCUUAUUACCCUUGCUACCCUUUCCAGCUGUGCCCGCAGCAGCAGCCCGGUGCAUGGCCCUGCAGCGGCGGCUGCCCACAUCCUCACUGUGGGUGCCAGUCCAAGCCGCCGCCGCCGCCGGUUCCACCACCACCUCCACCUCCACCUCCGCCGCCCAUGCCGCCGGCGUGCCAGUGCUCCACGUGGCCGUCGUGCUACUGCGGCGGCUACCCGCCGCCCAUGCCGCCGUCGUGCCAGUGCUCCACGUGGCCGUCGUGCUACUGCGGCGGCUACCCGCCGCCCAUGCCCUACCCGAUGAUCGUCUGCGAUGACAGCCCGCCCUAUGGCGCCUGCACCGUGAUGUAAUGCUGCUGCUACUCUUUUCCCUGCCGUAACAAAUUAAAGCAGGGCCGGGGUCAUAUAUCGCAGCCUGUAUUCAUGCCUACAUAUAUACGAGAGCUAGCGGCUCUCCAUUACCUAAAGAAAAUGUUCUCCUGUGUAUUUCAUUGCCAGUACUGUAUCAAUUAGUAUAGUUACCGGUGUGUACCAUAAACCUCACGGCAGUUCAUCAAUUAUAUGUUGUUUUCCGCCCA